CUUAUUCCUUCGCAGAUGAUCCUGAAAACUGUAAACCUCGUGGCCAGAAAUUGCUUAGGUUCUGGGUUCACUCACCUGCGUUACCUGAGGACCACUUGUGCCGUGUCAUCAUUCAAGAUUUACACAGGAUUAGGAGAUAAAGGACGAAGUUCGACGUACACAGGUCAACGUUUGCCGAAGAACCAUGACAUUUUCCAGGCGCUCGGUUCGAUUGACGAACUCUCCUCCUGGUUGGGAAUUGCGCGAGAGAUGGCGAAAGAAAAGAAUCACUCUUAUGGGGACCAGUUGCAGAGGGUGCAGUGUGUGCUGCAAGACGUCAUGAGUGUCGUGGCAACGCCGAAAACGACGUCCAAAGAGCGCCACGAGCCAAUUCACCAACUGAUGUCAACCGAACUAGUCACGGAACUGGAGCAAUGGAUCGACACGAUGACCGCUGAAUUGCCACCUUUGCGAAAUUUCAUCUUGCCGGGUGGUGAUCCGUUGUCGUCGCAUUUGCACGUUGCCAGAACGGUGUGCCGGCGCGCGGAACGAAACGUCGUUUCACUUCUGGCCACACAAGAGCUCGAUCCUGUUUGUAUGAAAUACCUCAACAGGCUGAGCGAUUUCUUGUUCACCCUGGCGAGAUACUCAUUGUUCCUGGAAGGAAAAACAGAAGUCGUGUACACCAAGCCGUGAAAAAGGUCCCAUCGGCAUUAGCACUCGAAAAUACACAAUUCGUCGUUUGUUUUAUCAAUUACUGGAGGGAAAUUCACUUUCAAAAAUGCAUGAAAAACGACGUCUACCGAAUGAUGCAGACAUGUCUGUUGGGACCGACG